GAGGGAGUGGAGAGGGUGGGGGGAGAGAUAAGAGAGAGAAGAGGAAAAGGAGAGAGGAGAAGGAAGGAAGAAGAAGGAAGGAAGGGGACAAUACGAUCAUGCUGUGCUGUAUGAGAAGAACAAAACAGGUUGAAAAAAAUGAGGACGGAGACCAAAAGAUCGAGCAAGAUGGCAUCAAACCAGAAGAUAAAGCUCAUAAGGCAGCCACCAAAAUCCAGGCCAGCUUCCGCGGACACAUAACGAGGAAAAAGCUCAAGGGAGAGAAGAAGGGAGAUGCCCCAGCAUCUGAGACUGAUGUCGCCGACAAGAAGGAGGAAGGCCCUGCCGGCGGAGCGGCCGAGAACAAAGAAAGCGAGGCUCCUGCUGCCACAGAGGCAGGCGCCGCUGACAGUGCCCAGAAGGAGGAGGGCAGCAAAGACAGCAGCGCGCCAGCGGAGGAGAAAAAAGGAGACGGAGCCGCCGACACGGGCUCAGAGCAGCCAGCCCCACAGGCUGCCACUCCCGCUGCCUCCUCAGAGGAAAAAACCGCUGCUGCCGCUGCCCCCGAAAGGGAAAGUGCCACUAAAGCUUCCACUGAUAACUCGCCGUCCUUGAAGGCUGACGAAGCCCAAGACAAAGAGGAGCCUAAACAAGCCGACGUGCCUGCUGCUGACACCACUGCCACCACCACCCCUGCCGCAGAGGAUGCUACUGCCAAGGCAACAGCGCAACCCCAAAUGGAGACAGUGGAGAGCAGCCAAACCGAAGAGAAGACAGAUGCUGUAGAAGAAACCAAACCUACUGAAAGUGCCCAGCAGGAAGAGGUGAAAGAAGAAGAGAGCAAGGCGGACCAAGAAAAUGCCUGAACAUUAAGAAAUGACUCCCCACUGCCCCUCCCUCCCUCCCCCUAUCCUCUAUCCUUCCUUCCCACCCCAAUCUCGAUUUUCCCCCUUCCUGCUCACAUCUGUGAGCCUGUGUCUGUCCCUCUCCCAUUACCACUUAAACCCUUUUUCUCUCUGUGUGGCAAACAUUUAAAGAAAAAAAAAAAAGCAGGAAAAAUCCCAGUCAAACAGUGUGGCUUAAACAUUUCUUUGUUUCUUGGUGUUGUUAUGGCAAGUUUUUGGUAAUGAUGAUCCAAUCAUUUUGGGAAAAUUCUUGCACUGUAUCAGAGUUCUUUGACCUGGCGCGUGCGUGUGUCUGUCUGCCCACUGCGAGCGCUCGCUCUCUCUCUCUCUCUCUCUCUCUCCUCUCUCUCUUCUCCAAGUGUGUGUGUGUGCAAUGUUACGUUCAUCUGAGGAGUCCAGACUUACCCAGUGAGUUAAAACAAAAGAAGGGGGAAAAAAAGGUUCUUUUCUUCCUUUUUCUAUGUGAUGGAAUGAACGAAAGAAAAAACAAACAAAAGACCAAACACAACAAACAAAUGAACAAAAAAGAAUACUAAACCCCACUUUGUUUUGAGAACUAAAAUAACAACUAGAAAAUGUGCCAAUUAGCGUAAUGCUUGGCUCCAGGCUCCUUUUUCAAACUGAACAAUAAUUAUAAUAAAUGAGAAUAAUUAUCAUUAA